CAAACAUAUAAAAGAAAAAACGAAACUUCGACGGUAGAGAAGUUUUGGCCUCAUGUGGGGUCUAGCCAGCGAAGCAGCGAUGUGAAUUUCGCACACUGACCCCCCGCAAACAGUAAUGAAGAUAAAUGGGAAAUUGGCGGAAGAAAUUGUGGUAACCAAAAAGAAAACGAUACAUAGCUAGCGCCAAGUGGAAGCCUCAAGCCUCCAUCGUCGCUGCUGUUGCAGGCUUUGCGGGAGCCAUUUUAUGCUAGCUUUGUAGGCUGGGAGCUUGAAAUGGGUCUAUGCUUUGGGUCGCUCGCUCACGAUGAGGGACCGGCGUCUAGUAUCAGCAGAAAUCCAUAUUCAGGUUCAGCGAGUACUGACAGUAAGAACGUUGGGUUCUCUACUACGAACAGCAGUGCUGCAAAGAGUCAAUUUUCAGAACUAACAAGUGGUACCCUCGGCGAUUCCCUUCCUUCCCCCAGCGGGCAAAUUCUAGAAUCUCCAAAUCUGAAGGUCUUCAGUUUUGGAGACUUGAAAGCAGCCACGAAGAACUUCAAAUCCGAUACGUUGCUUGGAGAGGGUGGUUUUGGUAAAGUUUACAAAGGUUGGCUGGAUGAGAAGACGCUGACACCAUCGAAGGCGGGGUCUGGAAUCGUAGUUGCUAUUAAAAAAUUGAACUCAGAAAGUAUGCAAGGAUUCCAAGAGUGGCAGUCAGAAGUCAAUUUCUUAGGAAGGCUUUCUCAUCCCAACUUGGUCAAGCUAUUGGGUUACUGUUGGGAUGCUGAGGAGCUGCUGCUUGUGUAUGAGUUCAUGCCAAAGGGAAGUUUGGAGAAUCAUCUCUUCAGAAGAAAUCCUAACAUUGAACCACUUUCUUGGAACAUGCGACUCAAAAUAGCUAUUGGUGCUGCUCGAGGAUUGGCCUUCUUGCACACUUCAGAAAAGCAAGUCAUAUACCGAGAUUUCAAGGCUUCAAAUAUACUACUUGAUGGGAAUUAUAAUGCAAAAAUUUCUGACUUUGGCUUGGCAAAAUUGGGGCCAUCUGGGGGAGAAUCACAUGUUACAACUAGGGUUAUGGGCACUUAUGGCUAUGCUGCUCCAGAAUAUGUUGCAACAGGCCACUUGUAUGUGAAGAGUGAUGUGUAUGGAUUUGGCGUAGUGCUGCUUGAAAUGCUGACGGGUUUGAGGGCACUAGAUUCGAAGCGUCCAAGUGGGCAGCAGAAUCUGGUUGAAUGGGUGAAGCCAUACCUGUCUAGCAAAAGAAGAUUGAAAACCAUUAUGGACGCCAGGAUUCAGGGUCAAUAUUCACUCAAGGCAGCAUCGCAAGCAGCUAAGCUUACCCUGAAAUGCCUACAACCUGACCCUAAACACCGUCCAUCCAUGAAAGAAGUGGUUGAGGAAUUGGAAGGCAUUGAAGAAUCAAAGACAAAGUAAAAGUGUUGACGAAAGAAAAAGGGACAGAGUAAAGGUAUCCAAAGUAGGAAGCUAGAGCUAUUGUGAAGUUGAAAGUGAGGUUGAAUAGUAAUUUGGUCCAAGCAAUUGGCUGAAUCAACCUCUUGAUACAUGUUCUUUGUUGGUUCUAUUCUUGGGCGGAGGAGGAGAUUUUAACCAACCUUUUUACUGCCUUUUACGAUUGGGCUAGUCACUUUUUGUGUAUAGCGGGUCGAUAUACUGUAUUAAAAUUGCAAUACUUGUUCAAGUGGUUCAAGGUGGAGACUGGAUUUAUAUUGUUCACCGCAAGAA